AUGAUGGGAAAACUCAACUAUCUGUUCUGCAUUUGCCUGACGCUGGCCAGCGCCGCCGUCUGGGCCAUUGAGCUCCAGCCCGAGCCGGACUAUGGGCCGGUGGCAUAUGAGUUCCACUGGUCGGUCAGCGAUCCGCACACGGGCGACAUCAAGAGCCAGAAGGAGACCCGCAAGGACGACAAGGUCGUGGGCCAGUACACGCUGAUCGAUGCCGAUGGCUACUUGCGCACCGUCGACUACACGGUGGAUGAUCACAACGGCUUCAAUGCUCUCGUUCGCCGUGAGCCGACCGACAUCAAGAUACCGCAACCCUCACCGGAGCCCAAGAAACUGAUUGCCACCAAGCUGCUGUCGCCUCUGACUCCCCUCGUUCACUAUGCGCCCAAGGCCAUACUGAAGGCCGCCGAGCCGUCUGAGGGCAAUUAUGUCUCCGUCUUGGGACCCACGGCCCAAUACAAAUACUAG